GAGAAGGAUGGGCACGCGAAGUUCAUGGGAUUCAAUCCUAUCUCCCCCACGUGGUCUCGCACCAUUUAACUCGUCCCCUCCACACGAGCUCGACUGACAGCUCUCUCUCCGAUCGGCUUAACAAUGGAAAAUCCCGUCAUACGUGGCAAAUCGACGCACUAGGAAUGUGAGAAUCACUCACGUGCGAUUACGGCAUCAGUAAUAAUCAUCACCAAGCGAACAUAGGCGCCUUUUUAUUCUGAGUUAAUAAGUAUAUACAUUCACGUGAAGAGAACGACCAUUCUUUUUCCCCUUCGUCCCUGGAGAGGAGAACAAAUUAUUUUGUACGCGUGUGAGCAUGCAAAUGUGCCAUCGAUAAUUGUGCGACAGGUGUUUAAAAAGGAUCUCAAAAUCGUAUAAUAAAUCACGCCCGGUGAGAUAACAGCUAUAUCAUAUAAACCGCACAGGUUUCGUCAACCCAAUAUUUCACUGUCGCCCUCGCACUUGUUACCUUCUUUAAUUUUAACGAGAAGGAUAUCAGAAAACUGGAUUGUAAUCGACGCAUGCAUUGAUAUAAAAAGCCAUAAAAAUUUUUUUAAUUAUUGGAGCGAAUACGAAAGUAGAGGAAAUCAUGAGUCAAAUGAAGAAUCGUGUUAACUUGAGCGACUACGUGAAUGACAAGUUUACGGAAGAGGUGCUGGCAGACGUCCUCUGCAAAGCAUACAACGGGAAGAAGGUGCAGCUGACAGACUGGAAUUUUGAUGACGAGGGAUUUACCAAGGGUGACAGCUACCUGUCGACUGCUAACAAGGGUAAACUGUACGGUAUUGUGGACGGCAGUCCGGAACAGGAAGUGCAAGUUAACAUCUUUGUAAAGUCGAUUCCCAAAAAUAUUGGAAGACGAAAGUCUUUCAGAAGCGCAGAAUUUUUUAGUAACGAAAUCAUGUUCUACACAAAGAUUGUCCCGAAGAUUGCAAAAUUCUUAGCAGAGAAAAAACAAGAAUGUAUGCUGCGCAUACCGCGUUACUUUGCUUCUUACAUGGAUGGUGAAAAUGAUUUCAUCGUUUUGGAAGACGUCUCUCCCCUAGGAUUUGGACCUGCAUCCAGACAAGACUGUAUGGACUGGGAAGAAUGUACCGUGAUCUUAGAAACCCUCGCGAAAUUUCACGCAAUUUCAUUUGCAUACAAGGACCAAAAGAAAGAAGAGUUCACAGAAAUUAUAGGCUAUUUGAAGGAAACCUACUUUGGUGAUCAUCACUGGGAUUGGUAUCAAAGAUUCCACAAACUACUAGUGGAUAUAGCUAAACAUGCAUUAACGACGGAAUAUCCCAACAGUAAAGCUAUAAAGCAAUUCAAUUCCUAUGAAUUUGGUACACUCUACGAAGAGGGCUCAAAAUUAUGUAUUACAAAGAAAGAUGCUCCGACGAGUGUUAUAGCCGCGGGUGAUUGCUGGGCUCCGAACUUUCUAGUCCGAAAUACUGAGCAAAAUAAAAAAGAGGCAUUAUUGUUGGAUUUUCAGCUUGCACGUUAUGCUAGUCCUAUCACGGAUCUGUCGUUUUUAAUUUAUUCUUGCACCUUGAAAGCAUUUCGAGAUCAGUAUUUUGAUGAUAUAUUGAAGAUUUAUCAUUCUGAAUUGAGCAACGCCAUCAAAUCUCUUGGAUCUGAGCCGGAAAAGAUUUAUUCGUGGGAUUUAUUUAUGAAAGAUGUGAAACAGAACUUCAAGCUUGGAUUAAUAUUCUCUCUUGAAGCUAUUCCAUUUUGUUUAUUGGCCCCAUCUCAGUCAUUUGAUUUGGAUGCCAUUAUCAAGGGCAACGAGGCAGUAAACAUUGCUGAUGUUUGGACAUUAUCUAAGAUUGAAUCAUCCAGUGGGAGGCAAAGAUUAGCAGACGUAAUCGUUCAUGCAGUUGAAAAUGGAUAUUUAUGAUAGUAAAAAAUACGUAAUCAAUCUUUUGCAUCGUUAUAGAAAAUUAUUAAAUAUGAUUGUCAUUUUAACGAAAUAAUGAUAUGUAUUAAAAUAGUAUCAUUGAUCGGCAUUUUAAAUAUAUUUUAAUGUGAUAUUUUUUCAUUCACAGUUUACGUGUGUAUAUACACAUGUGUAUAAUUAGCCAACAUAUUUAGAAUAGAAUUUUAUGCACAAAUUUUAUUAAAAAUGUGAAGAAUUAAAUAAAAUAUAGACAAUCUUUUUGUAUAA